CGGGGGCACUCGACUCAAGACGGCCAUCUUGGGUAGGACUAUGAAGCCUUAGAAAGAUAGCGCUGAAGGCUCGCGCUUAAUGGCGGCGCCAGGUGCCUCCAUUUUGGGAGUGGCUGCUUCUGCAGCCGGAAAAGAACGUUUCCGCAAGAUGCCCGCGAAGCCCAGCAGGCGAAGUAAAAUGAACACGUGACUCCAAAAUACCCUUCCCCCCUCCCUCGUGGCAGAACCGCUCUGCCCCGCCCCCUGUUGGGACCGCCCCCUACGCCCCGCAGCAGCCAAUGAGAGCGGCGGCGAGGAACGCGGGCGGUUUCCUUGGGAGCUCUCCGGAAGAAGGAGGGGAAGGCGGUUACCUAGCAACUGGGAUAUGCUGAGAGGCCCUGCCAAGCUCUCGGAAAGUGCAUUCCCACAGCCCGAGGAACGCGAACUGGAUCCUGGAUUGGAGGGACUUCUAGUCACCCCCCUAGCCCCUAGGGACUUGCGACCCCACCCUAAUCAUGACAUCUCCUCUGUGCAGGGCGGCUUCCGCCAACGUUCUGACUGCUCAGGACCAAGUUUCGACGCCCUCCUCCAAGGUCAAAGGCAGUCAGCCUCAGGCCAAGACUGGCCACCCCCGAGGCAAGGGUGCGGCCCAGGCCUGGUACCCAGUCCAUUCCAAAUCUGGACAUCUCCACCCCGGCGGGGCGAAGCCCGCAGUGCACACACGGGUGGCUGAGUUACAAAGGAAGAUACAACUGUUAGAGGGCGACAGGAAGGCCUUUUAUGAGAGCUCACAGUGGACCAUCAAGAAGAACCAGGAGACCAUCAACCAGCUCCACGAGGAGAUCAAGGCAUUGCAACUACAGCUGGUGAACCUGCUCCAGGGAGAUGAGAAAGUGGUCCAGGAAGUGAUUCGGGAAUGGAAGUCAGAGAAGUCUUACCUGAAGAACAGAACAGGCCAGGCCCUGGAGUUCCUGGAUCACCGGCUGAGUGAGAAGGUGAAGCAGCUGAACUCCCUGCGACACGAGGUGGAGAUGCGGCAGAAGCGGCUGGACGAGCUCCAGCUGCAGCACAGCCUGCGAGAGCUCGAGAUGGCCGAGGCGCAAGAUAGCAACACGGAGGUGGCCAAGACCAUGCGGAACCUGGAGAACCGCCUGGAGAAGGCCCGGAUGAAGGCGGAGGAGGCGGAACACAUCACCAGUGUGUACCUGCAGCUCAAGGCCUAUCUGCAGGAGGAGAGCCUUAACUUGGAGAACAGGCUGGAUACUAUGGAGGCUGAGGUGGUGCGGACGAAGCACGAGCUGGAGGAGCUGCACCUGGUGAACCAGGAGGCGCUCAACGCCCGGAAUAUCGCCAAGAACCAGCUGCAAUAUCUGGAGGAGACGGUGUACCGAGAGCGCAAGGAACGGGAGCGCUACAUAACCGAGUGCAAGAAGCGAGCAGAGGAGAGGAAACUGCAGAACGAGCGCAUGGAACGCAAGACCCAGCGCGAGCACAUGCUGCUACAGUCCGACGACACGAUCCAGGACAACCUCCGUGCCAAGGAGGAGGAGCUGCUGCGUCGCUGGAGCAUGUACCAGAUGGAGGUGAUCUUCGGCAAGGUCAAGGACGCCACUGGUGUGGCUGACACACACUCCGUCGUGCGGAGGUUCCUGGCCCAAGGCGAUACCUUCACGCAGUUGGAGACCCUCAAGAGGGAGAAUGAGGAGACACUAGUGAGGCUGAAGCAAGAGAAACAGGGGCUGCAGCGGGAGCUUGAGCGCCUCAAGUACUCAGGGGAGGCCACGCUGGUGAGUGAGCAGAAGCUGCAUGCUGAGCUGCAGGGGCGCCUCAAGACCGAGGAGCAGCGGAGCGCUGCGGCACAGGAACAGCUAGUGCGUACCACGCGGGCCAUGCAAGUGGCCAAGGCGGGCCUCGAGCACCUGGCCGGCAAGCUGCUGUACAUCACCGUGGAGGACAGCCGCUUCGCCGGAAAGGAGCUGGAUCCCCAAACAGCCAACUACCUGCCAGACCUGCUGGGCGUGGUGGAAGAAAAGCUGCUGAAGCUGCAGACGCAGCUUGAGGCCCUCGACUUGCCGGAGAUGCUGCAACACAUCGCCGAUCGUGAGUUCUACGCCAGCUUAGAGGGAAAGCUGCCCCAGUACAACACCCGCAUCGAUCUGCCCCUUGUCAGCUCCAAGGACAAGUACUUCGACGAGGAGGAGAGUGAGGACGACGACAACCACGUGGCGACUCGUGCGGCGCUCAAGAUCCAUUCCCAGAAAUUCAUCGAAUCCCGAAGCAAGAAGCGGGGUCGCUCACGGAGGUCCUAGACUCGCCCUUGCAUCCACUUGGCACCUCCGAUUCCCUUCGGAGCCCCCGACCCCUCUGGGCCCAGCCACGGGCCCCUUCAAGGGCUGAACUGCCUCAGAUAGGCUGUGGAGCCAGUCAUCAGCACAGGGAAGGAGGGGAAAGGGGCCUGGCCGGACGUUCCCACAGUAAAUCUCCCCUAGUAGAGCUGCUGGCCUCUGAAUGCGCAAUAAAGGUCAUGGACCAGCCCCUUGGCUAUUUUCUUCUCCUUCACCCAGUACCAGAGUCCCUGGGUGAUGCAAAUGGUUAAUGCGCUCGGCUGAAAUGCUGAAACGUUGGAGGUUUGGGCCCACCCAGAGACUCUUCAGAAGAAAAGCCUGGUGAUCUACUUCCAAAAUAAUGCGCCAUUGAAAACUCUAUGGAGGAUGGUUCUACCCUGACACACAUGCGGUUGCCAUGAGUAGGAGCUGACUGGGCAACUGGUUGGUUGAUCCAGUACCAGCUAAGAGAAGUCGGCCCCUCAAAACCGGGUGCCAUAGACUCAGCUCUCUCUUGCCUGGGGAGUGAGGAGACUCCCAGCAACUGGUGACACAGACUGAGCCCUCCCUCAAAGAUCAGAGAUACUUCCAUACCUGGAGCAAAUCAGCCCUACCCACCUGAGCACAGAGGACCCUCUUGUCUGGGAACACAUACUUGCCCCCCACUCAGCGAUACAUCCUAGCUCCCCUGCAUGUAGGGACCCAGAAGAGAACUCCUAAAAAGAUAUGUAUCCUUUCUCCUGAGGACAGGUUGAU